UAUUUGAAUAAAUGAGUUUUUGAUAUUUAACACGGGAUUGAUCAUCCAUCCACUAUCUUGUCUUAAUAGAUUAUUUACUUUUGAAGGACUUUUAUCGAUGUUGGUACUCAUAGAGUGGUUGCGGGUAUUGUAAGGUUGAAGACGUAUUCUUCAACUGAUAAUUUAUUAUAAUUCUAUGAGGGCUUUAAAUUUAAAAAUUUCAUAAAAAAUAUGAAAAAAAUAAUUUUACAGGAUAUAAUUGUUUAUAAUAAAGAAGACGGUGAAUCUGUUGAGUUAGAUCCAAUGCCAAACGAUUUACAAAUUAUUCAAUUGAAUAUAGACAGAAAACAUCUGCGUAGGGGAAAAGUUCCUGAAAAAGCUUAUCUCGAUUUUAAAGUUUCAGAAAAAUAUUUUGCUGGGAUUUUUGAAGGUAAGUGCUUUUUUAUGGCCUUUAAAGAGUUGUAGUUAGGUAGUCUUUUUUAUCAAAUUUCUGACAAUGUCGUUGGUGAGCCUCAAAUCCUUGUUUGUUACUUUCAAGUGUAGGUUAACGAAUGUCCGAGUACAUAGUAUGUCCGAGAAUUAUCAAAGAU